AUGGGUACCAACUUACACGAACUACUUAGAAGCUUCUGUUUGGGUACUGGUUGGAAGUAUGCCAUUUUUUGGAAGCUCAAUCAUCGUCCUCGGAUGACUUUGACAUGGGAGGAUGCUUACUAUGAUAGUUCUGAUUUUUAUGACUCUUCUGAAAAUAAGUACGGCCAAAAGACAUUGGAGAAGAUUGGCGGUGCGAAUUUCUUGCAUGACCCUUUAGGGUUAGCUGUGGCAAAGAUGUCAUAUCAUGUAUAUUUGUUAGGGGAAGGUAUUGUUGGACAUGUAGCCAUUUCUGGAAAGCAUAAGUGGAUCUGUGUAGAUAAUCAAGUUACAAGUUUUGGCCCAUUGUUUGAGUUUGCUGAUGGGUGGCAAUCUCAGGUUUCUGCUGGAAUUAGGACCAUUGCUGUUGUAGCGGUAGUCCCACUUGGAGUUGUUCAACUUGGCUCUUUAAAUAAAGUUAUUGAAGAUAUGGGGCUUGUAACCCAUAUUAAAAGUCUCUUUUCUACUCAAGAUUACACAACAGGCUAUGUUCCUAACCAAGUACAAUGUAGUGUGAAGAGUUCUCCAUCUGUGCUGGAUGUAUCCAUAAAAACUUUGUCAUUAGAAAGUAUGCCUGCCAACUUACAUGAUACAGAGAAAACCAUGAAAUGUGAAACACUGGAUGUUUCAAUGCCCGUUCAAUACUGCGGGAAGAACUAUGCCCCUCAUGCUGUUUACCAGGAAAUGGCUGUUGAUGUGGCCAAGAAUGAGGGCCUUGAAUUAAACAGCGAUGAAAGUUCCAUUUUGCCACAGUCAAUGUCAAACAUGACAAACAAUAGUAGCUACAAAGAUACAAGUUUGGAAUCAGAAAAAAAGGUUUCAUCAUUUUUACACAAUUUGGUUAUGGACAAUAAUAAUGUCGAUGAUUUAAUAUGUCCAUUGGAAAAAUUUGAAGUUGAUUCUACAUCCUUCCCUUUAGACUUUCUUGAUCCAAUCAUUUGUGAGAGUGAUAAGUUACAUUAUGUGGAUAUCAACCAAAAAGGGGUGUCAAAUGUGCCAAAACCUUCAUAUGCAAACUCCCUAAAAAGUAUUGAGAAAUUAAAGUUUCAAACUGAAACUUGUAACAAGGAUACCUCAUAUGCAUUGAAGUUUCCUGCUGGCUAUGAGUUACAUGAAGCACUUGGACCAACUUUUCUGAAAAGGAGUAAAUAUUUUGAUUGUGCAGCAUUGGCAAAUCAAGAUGUUAAAACUUCUGAGUUGUCGGACGAGAUUAGUUGUAGCCAAUUGACUUCUGAAUCUUGCCCAGAAGAUCUUUUAGAAGCUAUGGUGGCUAACAUUUGCCAUAGUAAUAAUAAUGUUAAUUGUGAGUUAUCAUUUUCUACAUCAUUGGAAGCUACAAUGGCCUCAGGAAGAAAUCUCAUAAGUUCUAUUCACACUCUGCAAAAUAUUAAUGCAGAAGACUAUGCAAUAGAUCAGCACCCUCAUGCUAGAGAGGAGACACAUCAUAGUCUGAGUUCACCAGGGAUAUGCUGUGUGGUAUCUCCAAAAGAUUUUUCUUCUACAUGUCGUAGUUCAUGCAGUGAACAAUUUGAGAGCUUUUUCAAAUCAACUAAGAACUGCAAGAAGAGAGCUAGGCCUGGUGAAAGUUGUAGGCCUCGGCCAAGGGAUAGACAACUGAUCCAAGACCGUAUUAAGGAGUUGAGGGAACUGGUACCAAAUGGAGCAAAGUGCAGUAUUGAUUCACUACUGGAGUGCACCAUAAAACACAUGCUCUUUCUCCAGAACAUUACUAAACAUGCUGACAAGCUAAAUAAAUUUGCAGAUACAAAGACGAAGGUGAGGUUUAAUGACAUCCAUGGAUCAUCUAGUUAUCAGCAUGGUUCAAGUUGGGCAAUGGAGGUAGGAGGCCAUCUUAAAGUUCAUUCAAUAUCAGUGGAGAAUCUUAGUAAAAGUGGUCAGAUGCUUGUUGAGAUGUUAUGUGAGGAGUGUUGCCAUUUUCUUGAGAUAGCAGAAGCCAUCAGGAGCUUAGAGCUGACAAUUUUGAAUGGUGCAACAGAAGCUCAUAGUGAGAAGACGUGUAUAUGUUUUGUGGUUGAGGUCCAAAACAAUAAAAAUUUACACAGAUUGGAUAUCUUGUGGCCGCUUGUUCAAUUACUGCAAUCCAAGAGCACAACGUUUUCAUAA